AUGUUCAGUCCAAAGUCUCCUGGAGAGUUAAACAGCACAAAGCUCCUGCAGACUCCACACAUCAUCUGAGCAGCAGCCAUGAAACCUUCUCUGAGCUGGAUGUUCAUGUUGCUCUUGGUGAAGGAGACAAUCUCCCAGGACUUCAUGGAGCCCAGUGUGAACAUCCUGAUCGAACUGAAGUCCAUUAUGGGGAAAAUAAAAGUGAUGGAGGAGAAAAUAAAUGAGCUGCAGAUGGAGAACAGAGAACAAAAUGUUCAGAUUGAAGCUCUGAAGGUCCGCAUGAACACCACACACGGUAUCUUCACAGCACCAGUGAAAGGAGUGUACUACUUCAACAUCGUCCUCUUCAACGCAAACCCUCCCAGUGCCGGGGUGCACAUAAUUAAGAACAGAGCACGAGUGGUCUCCAUCACCGAUAACCCCCCGGGAGAGGACUCUGAGGACACGGCCAGUAACUCUGUCACUCUGCUGCUUGAGAAAGGAGACCAGAUUCACAUUGAGCUCAUCGAGAAGCGUAAAGUCUACACAGAUCUGGCAGGACGGAAUUCGUUCAGCGGCCACCUUCUGUUCCCCACUGAAUAAACACACUGAUCUGAAACACUGUAAUGAUGUGCUGAUGUCAGUGCAGUGGUGCAGAACAGCUGCUGAACAUCAGCCUGCAGAAAAUCUGAUCCUGCUGCAUUCAUACUAAUAAAAAUGUACUAAUAAAACCAA